CGUCUCUCCCUUCGCAAAUGUACGAACAGUAACUCCUCCGCAUUUGCUGAGAACGGACGUACGCUCGAUUUGCAUCGCUCCCGAAUCCACAUCUCGAAACAAGUUUUACGCACCGGAUUCCUUUUUAAAUCGCAUAUCAGUUAAAUAUCACAAUGAACUUAAGUGAAACAUUAAAAGGACAAUUUUUGAACAAGUUUCAAAAAGUUAAAAAACAUUUCUAAGUGCUGUUUGUGAAUUUCAUUAUCUCAUAUUCCGCGAUACAGGUACUCGUAGGUGAUACAAAAACUCAAGUGAAAUUGUUUAUUGUUUUGAAACAAAAGACAAAUACCGUUGAAGACGCAGAGUUUGAAUUUGAUGUUCUUUUGCUCUUGUUUAUAAGAACACAUUCAAGUAGCGUGUUGAAAAGAGACACAAUGAGGUCCCACCGGGCAAGAGCGACAGGUGUGGCGGCUUUGGCGGUUUUGUUAGCCACUAUAACAGGAUGCUCAUCCCAAACUCUUCGGAUAUUCCCGAUGCCGAAGCAACAGACGGUGGCCGUGGGCAAGUCCGUGGUGUUGACGUGCCAGGCCGACGCGCCCGAUCCCGCCCUAGUCACGCAGCCGCAGUGGAGGGAUCCCAAGGGACUCAUUAUAAAGGAAGCGGCAGCCGGCACUAGGCCCGAGAUCUACACGGAGCCGAUGCCCGCGAAGCAGCUGCAGUACCUGUACAUAUCGUCCAUCACCACCGCAAUGGCAGGCAAUUACACCUGCGAAGCGACCUACACAAACAUGCCGCUCAGCGCCAGCGUGGUUUUGGAAACUUUCGUUGCCAUCACAUGGACAAAUGCGAAUGAAAAUCAGUAUGCGACAAAGGGAAAGGAUUUUAAAAUAAUGUGUGAAGUCACAGCCGAACCAGCACCCUCAGUAGAUUGGUUUAAAGAAGGAACUAGUAUCGCAACUGGUGAUAGAUACGUUAUUCACGCCAAUGGCUUAUUGAUCAAGAAUAUCCAAGAAAGUGAUGACGGUACUUACACUUGUCGAGCCGUUGUUAUACAAACUGGAGAGUUAUCGGAACGAAAUAUUAAACUUGAGGUAAACACUGCUCCAGAAAUGGAAGAACGUGAAACUAAAGUUGUAAUAAAAGAAGGUGAAACUGCCUCGAUCACUUGUAAAGCUAGAGGAAAACCUCCACCAACUUACUCAUGGAUCAAAGCUUCUACACGAGAGAACUUAGGCACUACUCCCCGCUUCAGUGUUGAUGAAAUCAAAGGACUUCUAACAUUUGAUAGAGUAGAAGCCGGCGAUUACGGCAAAUAUAUCUGCAGCGCAGUAAACCAGGCUGGCCACAACGAAACUGAAAUAGAAGUCGAAGUUUUGGUUCGUCCGAGAAUAUUUGAAUUAUUCAAUACCACGGCUGCUGAAAAUAUGGAGGGAAGAUUGGAAUGUAAAGCUACGGGACGGCCGGUGCCUCGGAUUAGCUUUAGAAAAUUGAGCAAUACCGAUCGUUUCGUGAAUGGUCCAAACGAUGAUGGAAGGAUCACUAUAGAAACCAGGAGUCAUCAAACUGGGGAUCAAAUGGAAUCGAGUGCUGUCAUAACAAUUUCAAAGUUAAACCGUACGGAUGAUGGCUUAUACGAAUGCGUUGCUGAAAAUGAAGGUGGCGAAGCAAGACGGAAUGGCCAUCUAACUGUUCAGUUUAGGCCUUCCUUCGAACACAUGAAUAAUGUACCAGUUUGGAGUUGGAAUGCACAGCCUGUCAAUAUAAGUUGUAUUGCUGAAAGUAUUCCUAACGCGACCAUUAAAUGGAAGUUCCAUGAGUAUGACUUGGUGGAAACCCCACACGUCAGGAUAUACGGUUCGGGUCCCAUAAGUUAUGUGACAAUAACACCAAUUGAUACGAGUCUGUAUGGUAUAUACAAAUGUAUCGCGACAAAUACUCUAGGUGAAGCAGAACACAUUAUCCAAUUGAGACAAGCCUUCCCUCCAGGACCUGUGGUUCAGGCGAAACAAGAUACUAUUACGGCAACUUCAGUUUCAUUCAAUAUAGUAGGUCCGCCUGAAGAUAUGGGCCCUCCAAUAGAGGCCUACACAGUACAAUUUAAGGAAAACGGAAACUUUGAUUGGAAUCUUGCCAUGAAUCGAACGUGGUCUGCCAAUUCUCUGUACAUUGUUGAGAAUUUGAGGCCUAUGUUUACGUAUGACUUUAGGUUCGCAGCUAUCAAUAGAGUUGGGGUUGGCAGUUGGGGUGCUCCUAUUACAGUUAUUAUGCCCAGAAGAUCACCGCCUGAACAGCCAAAGUGGAGAGAAUCAAUAAGUUCAGAAUCUCUUAUUCAUGGAAAAUAUGCAGACAGAUAUGAACUGCAGUGGAAAAUACCUGCUGAUAAUGGGGAACCAAUAGACAUGUACGAUGUUAGCUAUUGUCCUGUCUUGAAAGUUAAUGGAAAAUGGCAAGUAGCUGCCGAGUCAGAAUGUUUCACGGAGGAGUUGAAAUCUUUCGAAGCGAUUAGUUACGAAAUUCGUGGGUUACGACCGGACACUCGAUACCGAAUGCACGUUCGGGCUCACAACGCUCUUGGCUUCUCUCAACCAGCUCAACUCUAUGUCCAGACCGCUCUCGGUGUGGAACGUUCUGGAUUUGCUGCUCCGCAUCUCUUAUCGAGUGGAGCUAUAAUUGGAUUGGCAUUGGCUGGCGUAUUUAUCUGCCUCAUCAUUGUUGAUCUUCUUCUGCUGUGCUUUAGACGGCAAGGUGUUAUUGCUACAAUUUGUGGACGGCGGGUCAAGAAACAUUCAGACGAUGAAGCCAAAUUGGGAAGUCUGUACGGUUGGCGCUUCCCGCUCCCUUAUUGCAGCACGAAGCCGCGCGCGCCGCCUUCCCCCGCGCCCCUGCCGCCGCCUGUCAAGCUCGUGUCAACUCCGACUUAUAUUCCAACUACUCCAGUAGACGAAAAGGAACCUCUCAAAGACACUGGGGACGACGGAAUAAAAAGGAAUUCUUCAGUAGAGUUCGAUGGACGUCGAGUAUAUGCAACAAGUGGAGGGCCAAUUAUUGGCAAAAACUCCGCUGUUUAAAUCAUCAGACUUAUGAAUCAUGCAACAAUGAUAAUCUAUUUUUAUAGAUAUUGAUGUCCAUGGAAGAGUACGGGCAAAUAAUUCGAAACGUGACUAUUAAUGGAUAUAAUGAGAUUAAUGUUACGAGUAUUGAAGCUUGUGUGUUUGUGAUGAGCGCGACCAGUAUUUAAAACUGCCAAAAGACGAAUUAUAUCGCUUAUUAUUAAGUGCGUUAUUAGUAUUAUCGCGUUUUGUUACACUUAAUAUUUGAAAGGCCGAAUACUUUUAAGAUUUCAAAAAUCAGACUUAAAAUCAGAAUUAGACUCAACGCUAAUGCCUCUCUUAAACAUAAAGAGACGUUUUUGUAUUCGGCCGUUAAUAUCACAAAAUACUUAAUUAGCACUAAAUAGAAAUUCAAAUAUUGAUUAACAAUAAAGUAUAUUACUAAUUAUUAUCUUUGUUUAAAAAGACACAUCUCGCUCAUUGAAUAGAUAGAAUAUUUGUACUUUUUAAUAUUUUAUCACAAUAAAAGACUUGCAUUUAUUCAAGUCGAAUACUGCUUCAAGAGGUACAAAAUGUGCCUUUUAUAAAUUAGGUACUUUUAUGAGGGUAUUUAAGAUCAGGCUAGAUUGAUUGUAUAUAAUAUUAUCACUACCUAGAAUAGUUUUGAAGUCACAAUAUUAUUGAACUUUUUUUUUUGUUGAAAAUAUGGACAGUUGCAAUCGAUUACUUCUCUUACAUUUUCAUUAAGUUCUCACUUAUAGAAUUUUACGAUAGCUAGGUAGGUACAAUGCGUUUGAGUAUUUUUGAACGGGGAAUUAGGAAUGUUUAUUCCGUUUUUGUGAAGAAAUGCAGAAUAUUAGACGCACCAUCGUUAUUAUCGUAAGUCGUGUAAAUAAGUUAUUUAUAAUUUUGUAAAUAUAGCUAUUAUGUUUGUAUACUUAGUAAAUAAAAACAUCUGUAAGAGAUACAUUAUGCUUCUCACUAAUUGAAUUGGUAUUUACUAUGGUAAGAUCUCUUUCAUCUAUUUCUCUUUUUGUAACGUUAUUUUAAAUUAUAAUGUUUACAUGACCUAUGAUCGAUGUGAAAGCAUUGUUGUAGUUAGUAUUUGUUUUUAAUUAUUAUAUAAGCAUACCGUAGAUAAACUUACCUUUAAUUUCAUUAACGGGUCCCAAAUAGGUUUUAGUUACUAUUAUACAAUAUUUAUAUCAGUUUUUAAGUCAUAGGAAAUAACUAUACUGAUUUAGGGACUAGUGAUCAAUAAUACAUAUUGGAAAAUGUACGUUUAUUUAUGACUUUUUUAAGUAAGACACGAAUGAUAAUUUUUCUCUAUGGCAGCUCCAGUAUAGCUUUAAGGUAUUCGAAAAAAGUUUAUAUAAAUCACUUACUUAUUUUUCAAAGAAUUAUGUUGAUCAUAAUUUUCUAAUUUCUUGUUUGUAUUUAAUUUUCAUUGUAAUUUACUAGUUUUAUUAAUAUAGGUACUUUAGCCUUCAUGUCUUCGAUUAUGUUUGUAUCCCUUAGAUUUUGAUCAUCGUUUUAUAAUCUCACAGUUUUAGAUAUAUUUUAUAGUGUAAAUUGAAACACAGGUUUUCCUGUACACACUAUUUAAUGUACAUUUUUAUAUCCACGAUCAAAAACACAGCUGAUGUAAAGAGCUUUUGACGCAUAUUACAUACCUAUAUUUAUAUCAAAAUAUCGAGUGUAAUCUAUUAUCAAAGCUUUUAUUAUGUAGGGACACUAUUUACAUCUAGGAAUAAGCCUCGUGAAUCUAUGUCAGCUUUGUAUGAGAUGUUAAAGGGGAACGCACACUUAUUCGAGCCGAACGAGUCGAACGAAACAAAUUUUAGAAUUCUGUAUAUGAAAUCUCAUUAAUUAUACAUCAUUAUUAAGCCUCCCACACUUCUCCGCGUCAUGGAAUUGUCAUUUUCAUAUUCACAAUUCUAAAAUUCGUUUCGUUCGACGCGUUCGGCUCUGAUAAGUGUGCGUUCACCUUAAAGAAAUGAUAUUGUAACGAAAGCAAGAAUGCGCAUUUUUAUAAAAUAAAUGUCUUUAAUAUA